AUGGCUGAUCCAGAGCAACUUCAAGCUCUAACACGGAUGUUGGCCGAUGCCCUAAAAUCAUCGCUUCGGUCUUUGGGUCCCCUCAAUGCAGCCCCGCCAGCAGCAGAAGCAGCUGCGAAACCGCCGUCAUUUUCUGUUUCGGAAUAUCGUUCUUCGGAGGAUUCGACAGUGGCCGACUACUUCAAACGUUUCGAGUGGGCGCUGGAGUUGAGCAAAAUUCCGGAGGAGCAGUAUGCGCAUUAUGCUCGCGUGUACAUGGGAGCGGAACUCAACAACGCCAUCAAGUUUCUCGUGAGCCCGCAGGAUCCAGCCGAAUUGCCGUUCGUCGAUAUACGGAACAAAUUGGUGGAGCACUUCGACCACCCAAAGGAUAAUUUUCGGCUCAUUUUUGUUCUGGGCCAGACCUCUGUUCUCUGUGCCGAAACGUUCAACGCGGCAUUUGAAGUUGCACACACACUAGAAGCCACUCGCAACUCAGCCAAUGAAGUGCAAACGGCAAAGCCGUCAGUGUAUGGAGAAUCGACGAACAAGCUGGGCUUCGAAAAGCCGAAGACGAGAAAGGGAAAAUCGAUCAAACUUUCCUCUCACAAACACCAGCGCACGGAGCCGAAGGAAAGUGCAGAAGGAAACGUCAAAAAGUGCAACGGAUGUGGUGGUCAACAUAAGAGAAGUGAAUGCAAGUAUCGUGACGCAGAGUGCUUCACCUGUAAAGGAAAGGGCCACAUAUCAACAGUGUGCAGGAGUGGCAAGCAGAAAUCUCAACACCGAUCGACCUACCAGGUUCAGGCGCACCAACAACCGGCAGCGCUAGUGGACGAGGUUCAGUCGUUGAGCAAAAUUCAUUCUUUUGCCGCAUCAAAACAAGUGAUUAACGUCAACAUCGACGGCUACGAAAUCCCAAUGGAAGUUGACACGGGAGCCCCCUGUGGAAUCAUCAGCGAAAACAAAUUUCGAUCAAUCAAGCCAAAGUGUGUCCUCUUGAAAUCGGACCGCCAGUUCAGCAGCUAUACCGGGCAUCCCAUCGUAUGCUUGGGGAGCCUUCCAGUGAACGUCCGCAUCGGAAAAACAACCCAGAGUGGAUUUCCCAAUUUGCAGCGGAAGUGA